AUGGGACAGAGCGCAGGGCGGGUACGUGCUGCUCCGCCCUGCCCAAGGCGCUUGUGGAGAAAGCUCACGUCGUGGUUCAGCGUGAGAGAAGAAGGGAACAUCGACUCACAGCUGCAGAGUCUCGUCAUAAUGAGCAGCUCAGGAGCGCACCCAGGACCGACACAAAGCGCUUCAAAGAAAUCUUCACUGGGAGACUUUUGUUUACACAGAACGGACCCAAAGCCACGUUUUACUUAG